GCCAUUUUGAACCAGAGAUACUCGCCAAAAAGCAAUCGAACGCCAUGUACUGGCCCACCGCCACCACCCGCCUCGUUUCCACCCCCAGCCCCCUCCACGCCCCCCUCGCCCACGCAAAACCCAAUCGCAAGGGCAACUUCUUCGCCGCGCUCACUUGCGACUCUCUCGCGGUCUGGGAUGUCAGGCCCACAGUCAUGCAGGCAGCGGUGGUGAGAUCAAAGUCCAGUAUCAAUCGAUUCGGCAGCAACAGCGAUGUUUUCUGGACACAUGAUGGACGAGGUCUGAUCAUAACGGCAAGUGCAUCAUGCAGUUUCGAGUAUUAUUGAUCAUAUACACAGACAGACAGCCAUCACCUGCUCUUCUACCAUCUCGUCCCUUCCUCUCGCCCCUCGUAUGACUUUGCUGGGCCUUCCACGCCCGGCCCAGGCGAAGGAGACGUCGUCAUGGGCUGGCAACUGACCUACCUCGGUACCGCCUUUGUCAUGGGCGGCUGUCAGUCCAUCCUAUGCCAAUCCCACAACCUCCUCAUCACCAUGCGCCACCCUCCCUCCAUCCUCUCUGUUCCCUGGCCAGUCCCAAGUCAGCUCCUCACACCGCCAAACUCCCACUUUCCUCCGCCGCCUCUGGACGCCGCUACCGAAGCGCAGAUUGAGUGCGAUGUUUGGGACCUGUCGGCUGGGAAGGAGUGGCUAGUAGGGGAAAGACCUGCGGUACCGACCAAGAUGACGUCGAUGAAGACGCAUGGCCUGCCCAUGGUGCAUACAAUGCUGUCAGCGGAUGGACGGGGAUAUGUGGUGUACCUGGCGAGCCAUUUGCUGCAGGCGUGUACGAGCGAGGCUCAGCGGACUCAGCUCUCGGCAGGGCCGAAAUAUGUCGGAAGUCUGAUACACCCAGUACCGCAGAAGAUCGAGCCGCUCGAGGGAGAUAUGGACAAGGCUAUGGAGAUUGCCCUGAAUUCACGGUUCGGCUUGGUUGCUAUCGGCUUGGAGAGCGGCAAGGUCAAUCUCGUCUCAAUUCCAUCGUGGCCGAACCCUCCUAGGCUAUCACACACUCUCGACUUUCGGCAAUCUGCCAAUCUAAAGUCAUCUCCUGGACAAGUCACAAGCUUGGCGUGGACGGGAGACGGGUACUGUUUGGCUGUUGGUUAUGAACACGGAUGGGCAGCUUGGAGUAUGGGUGGGAGGUUGGGGGGCUGGGGACAUCGUGACGAGGAAGCUUCUCAAUCUCAAGAUCCGGGUGUUCUCAGCUUGUUCUGGAUACCCGGAAACCUUGAGCUCUUCGUACUCCGCCCACAUGAAUCCUCACUACAGCUCGAAAUCAUGCCAUUCGCCAAGAGCGCUACGACCAACCAGCCUUCGCCGGACAAUACUCGCUAUGCGUUUCUGCAAAUGGAUGACAGCGUGAUGGUCUACCGGGGAGCGGACCAGCCUGACAUGAGCGUCAUCAACCCCGAAUCAGAUGUCUGGCAAAGCAUUAAAAUCCCAGCAGCAUACAUUUCCACCAACUGGCCCAUCCGCUACGCCUCCAUAUCAUCAGACGGCAAGCUCAUCGCCGUAGCCGGCCGCCGCGGGCUCACCCACUACUCUGCCACUUCCGGCCGCUGGAAGCUCUUUCAAAAUGAACGCGAGGAACAGCAGUUUACGGUCCGCGGUGGGCUUCUCUGGUUUCACCACGUCCUCAUCGCAGCCAUCGAUGCCGACAAGACCCACCAAAUCCGGCUUUAUUCGAGAGACUUGGGGCUGAAUGAGGUUUUGCAUUCGCAGACCCUUCUCGCCCCAAUACUGGUCAUGACCCUGCUGGAUAAUUCGUUGUUGGUGUAUACGGCGGAUAAUAUGUUGUUCCAUUUCUUGAUACUGCCGACCAACUCUAGUAUCAAGCUGCAUUUGUGCGGGAGUAUCAGUUUCAGGGGUAUCGUACAAGUGCCUAGCCGAGUGAGGGCGUUAUCAUGGUUGAUCCCGGAAGCGCAGAAAACGUUGGGCGACCCUGCAGAUGAUCUCAUCGUAGCUACAAUCAUCUUCCUAGUCGACGGCAAGCUCGUCCUUCUCCGUCCCCGCCGCGCGCGCACCGACGAAGUCCGAUAUGACCUCCAAAUCCUCGCCGACCGUAUCGAAGCCUACUGGACCCACCUCCACGGCGUGGGCACGCUCGAAAACUCGCUCUGGGGGUACGACGGCCUCAACAUGCGGGUCUGGCUGGACGCGUUGACGAUAGAAGCGACUACGGUGAAUGAUGUUUCGGACGCUUAUGAGAGUGUGGAAGAGAGUGUGAAAGUGAGGUUGGACUUUUAUCCGCUUUCGAUCUUGAUGGACAAAGGUAUCAUCAUCGGGGUCGACUAUGAAACGUCCACCCGUACGUUGCCCUUCCCGAUCUACAAAAUCUCCACCGGCACACACCUCUUCCUCCCCAAAUUCCUCCGCUACCACCUCUCCUCCUCCCCACCCUCCCUCAGCCAAGCCCUCACCCUCGCCCAGCACUACCAACACCUCGUCUACUUUGCCCAUUCCCUCGAAGUCUUACUCCACUCUGUCCUCGAGGACGAACACCCAAAAGACCAUGAAAUCCUGCCGACUGUCGUCACUUUCCUGGACUACUUUCCUUCGGCGCUGGAUGUGAUUGUAAGAUGCGCGAGAAAGACGGAGAUUGAGAGAUGGCCGGGGCUUUUUGAGCUUGUCGGAAAGCCGAGGGAUCUGUUUGAGCUGUGCUUGACUGAGGGGAAGGUGAGGACGGCGGCGAGUUAUCUGCUGGUCUUGCAUAACCUGGAAGAGCUCGAUGAUGUCGACGACACGAUCCGAUUAUUGAAGCAAGCCAUAGAGGCCAAGGAAUUCCAUCUUUGCAAAGAACUCCUUCGAUUCCUCCAUUCUAUCGACGAAUCUGGUACCGCCCUCCGUACUGCCGUCGGGCGCGUAGGCAUCAUCGACGGGUCCACGCUCGACGUUGACGGAGACGGUCCGAUGCCGACGACACCUAGUAUCGUGCUCUCGAGUGCUACGCCCACGGACGUUCAGGUCAAUGGUCAGUGAUGUAUGAUAGUCCUGUAGUCGAUUAUGGUUGUAUCAUGUACGAUAUGUUAGGCCUUGCUACUUCCGGGCGCUAAUCUCAGCAACAUGUGUACAACGACUGCUAAAGCUGAAAAAGGUGAACAGUGAACCUCUACAUAGCAUUUGCCUACUUUUGUUCCCUUCGGCUUUACCUUGAUUGGAAACGAUUCCUGUCAUGCAUGAAAUUUUGGCUGACAAUCUACCAGGACCCUGUAUAAAUGAGCUCGCCAGACGGCAUGGUCUGCCUGAACCUGGAACUUGACUCAGAUCGAAGUCAUGUUGAUAUCCAAAGUUCACAUUCACAUUCAGCUUCAGGCUUGGAAAGUCUCUGGUCAUCAGACCAUAUACGGCAAGCACACCAUUUGCUUCCAUCGUAAUUUUUUUUUCUUAAGGCUGUACCUGCUCUGGUGGAAAAUCUCAACAUCGUCAUUGCCCGAGACAAGAACUCCUCUGUGAAUGAGAUGAGUCGUUUCGCUUUCAGAAAGGGGUUCUGCGUCACUCACGCUCGCGUUCUAGCCGCUAUUAAUAUCCUCAAAGUCACCCACGAGUCAUACAGACAUGUCCACAUCGACCAGUAGGCACUGGAUACUUUACCGGAAGAUGGCUCUGUCUUUGAUCACCUUCGUUCAACAGAGGUUGUGUGUGUCCG